AAUGCAGUGAGCUAUGAUGAUGUACAUAUCGACUUCACAUGGGAAGAAUGGACUUUGCUGGAUCCUUCCCAGAGGAGUCUCUACAAAGAUGUGAUGUUGGAAACCUACAGAAACCUUACUAGUAUAGGAUACAGUUGGGAAGACCAUAAUAUUGAAGAACAUUGUCAAAGUUCUAGAAGACAUGAAAGGUAUAUCAUAUGUUACUUUGGAUACAAGCCAUAUGAGCAUAGGGAUGUGAAAAUAUAUAACAUACCUUUUUCUCAGAACAACAAGCAUGAAAAAAGUCAAACUAGAGAAAAAACUUCUGUAUAUAGUCAAUGUGUUAAAGCCUUCAUAUGUGACAGUCAUCUACACAGGCUUGCAAGAACACAUACUAGAUUGAAACCCUAUGAAUAUAAUGAAUGUGGUAAAGCCUUUUUACAUCACAGUCCUCUUCAGAUACAUAAAAGAACACAUACUGGAGAGAAGGCCUGUGAAUGUAAUCAGUGUUGUAAAGUCUUUGCACAUCACAGUCUUCAAAAAGUACAUAUAAGAAUACAUACUGGAGAGAAACCCUAUAAAUGUAAUCAGUGUGGAAAAGCCUUUGCAUGGAAUAGUCAUCUACAAGUACAUGAAAGAAGCCAUACUGGAGAGAAGCCCUAUGAAUGUAAUCAGUGUGGAAAAGCCUUUGCAUGUCAGAGUAGUCUCCGAAGACAUGAAAGAAGCCAUACUAGAGAGAAGCCCUAUGAAUGUAAUCAGUGUGGAAAAGCCUUUUCACGUCACAGUAGUCUCCAAAUACAUGAAAGAAGCCAUACUGGAGAGAAGCCUUAUGAAUGUAAUCAGUGUGGAAAAGCCUUUGCACAUCACAGUAAACUCCGAAGACAUGAAAGAAGCCAUACUGGAGAGAAGCCCUAUGAAUGUAAUCAUUGUGGAAAAGCCUAUGCAUGUCACAGUAGUCUCCAAAUACAUGAAAGAAGCCAUACUGGAGAGAAGCCUUAUGAAUGUAAUCAGUGUGGAAAAGCCUUUGCAUGUCAGAGUAGACUCCGAAGACAUGAAAGAAGCCAUACUGGAGAGAAGCCCUAUGAAUGUAAUCAUUGUGGAAAAGCCUAUGCAUGUCACAGUAGUCUCCAAAUACAUGAAAGAAGCCAUACUGGAGAGAAGCCUUAUGAAUGUAAUCAGUGUGGAAAAGCCUUUGCAUGUCAGAGUAGUCUCCGAAGACAUGAAAGAAGCCAUACUGGAGAGAAGCCCUAUGAAUGUAAUCAUUGUGGAAAAGCCUAUGCAUGUCACAGUAGUCUCCAAAUACAUGAAAGAAGCCAUACUGGAGAGAAGCCCUAUAAAUGUAAUCAGUGUGGAAAAGCCUUUGCAUGUCACAGUAGUCUCCAAAUACAUGAAAGAAGCCAUACUGGAGAGAAGCCCUAUGAAUGUAAUUGUUGAAAUAUGAGUGGCGGCGGGGCUGCGUCCCCAACACCCCGGCCGCUUGGCUAGCUUAUGCCCGAAAUAACAACACACAAACUGUAUUCAUUUAAGAACUGCUUGGCCCAUGAACUCUAGCCCUUACAGGCUAAUUCUUGCACCUGGACUAGCCCAUUUCUAAUAAUGCAUGUAAGCACCCCAAGGUGCGCUUACCCGGAAGAUUCUAGCCUCCAUCCAUCCUGGGAGAGUGGAGCGUGGUGUCUCUGCUCCAGAGAGCAGAGUCUCU